AUGGAUUUCGUUGAAUCUUUUUUCAGUAAAGUCUGUCGUGGUUCAUCGCAAUUAGCGCUACGUAGAUCGUGCGAUUUUCAGCUAAUUGGUAUUUUUUCCAAUUCCUUGUACUUUAAUGUUACUACUCAACAAUGUGAAGGACUAAAGCCGAUAGAAAUACAAUAUUCACAAGCUAUGAUCUAUGCCGUAGAUAAAUUGAUCAAUUCUAAUUCCACGUUAUUGCCUGGUAUCAGACUUUGCUAUCACUUAAUUGAUGCCUGUUCGUCACGAGAAAGAGCUACGGCAAAACUAGCUGCUGUUCUUGUACAAGAUAUUCAACACCGAGCUACUUUAGCACAAUAUGAAAAUUUAAAUGUUUUUAACACUGUUACAAACAACAUAUGUAGUGAAUCCUUUAUUAACAGUACAACCGUUCCAGGUGGACAAGUUGUUGGGAUUAUCGGUGAAAGAACAGAUUCUAUUACAAUUUCUUUAGCUUCGCUUACUAGUAGUCUUGGUUACUCUCAAAUUAGCUAUAGUUCCUUCGCUUCACUGCUAAGUAAUCGUGAUCUUUUUCCCUAUUUUUAUCGUAUUUCUGCCGCAGCAAGAGUACAUAAGCGGGCUAUUUUUGACCUGAUAAAAUUCUUUAAUUGGAAUUGGAUAUCUGUUGUUAUUGCCGGUACCGUUAUGAUAGACAAUUCUGCAGCCUUUCUUCCUUUAAUCUCACAAGAUGUUGGUAUAUGUUUUGAAGAUUUGGCAAAAAUUUAUGAUAAUUAUACGAUAUCGGAUUUAAAAGAGAUUGUCCUUGGAUGGAAAAAUCAAUCUAAGUCGUCAGUGAUAGCAUUAUUCGGUAGUGAACCGAUCAUUUAUGAUUUACUUAAACAAGCUGAAGCUUAUAAUAUAACAGGAAAAACGUUCUUGGGUACUUAUGGCUGGUUGAGUUCAGCUAGGGUCCAUACUAUUAGAGCCGAUAUAAUUGGAGGCGCAAUAGGCUCAACAUUUAAUAGUAAUUCAUUGCUCAAAUUUGCUGACUACCUUGACCAACUGGACUUUUGUAACAACAAGCAAAAUCCUUGGUUUCUACAAUUAUGGCAUCAAAAAUUAACGGACAUGGGAGUAAAUGCACAUAAAACCAUGCGAAAUUGUACAGUCAAUCCUAGCUUAAAAGAAUAUCUUAAAUCGCACUACGUAGUCGAUUUUAUCUCUGGACAUGUUAUCGAUUCAGCUUUAGCAUUUGCACAAGCAUUACACAACUUGCUGGGUUGCAAUGAAACCUACUGUCUAAAUCAACGAAAAAAUAUUUUCAAUCUUCAAGAACUUAAUAAAGUUCUUGGUAAGAUACAAUUUUCUGGAUUUACUAGUCCAGAUAUAGCAUUUCAAUCUGAUGGUGCAAUCCAGUUUUCCUUCGACAUAACUAAUUUACAAGAGGAAACGUCUAUCCCAGGAAGAAAAGUUAAAGGUGUUAAAAUAGGAUAUUGGAAUAAGCAACAAGGUUUAGUUAUUAAAAAGGAUAAAAUUUUCUGGAAUGGAAAGCAAUCAUGGAGCGAUAUUCCGAUAGCAAGAUGUUCUAGCGAUUGUCCUUCCGGGUAUUACCUAUAUCAUGAUCAAAAUAUUUCACUAUCAAUGCGCCCCUGCUGCUGGGAAUGUCAAAAAUGCCCUAGCAAUAUGAUUUCCAAUAUCACAAAUUCUCAUAAUUGCAAACGUUGUCCUAGUUUAACUCAAUCAAACUCUAAUCAUACAGAAUGCAUUGAUCUUCCGUUUGCUCAGUUCGAAUUUGGCAGCUCUAUAUCUAUUACAUUUUAUGUCAUAACCGCAUUCUACUUGAUUGCUACUGUCAUCAUUUGGAUAGCUAUGAUUAUUUAUAGGCACACUCCUGUCGUCAAAGGUUCAAAUUUCAUAUUAACAAAUUUGUUGCUUUUUUUUCUCGUGGCGUGUAUUCCUGCCUCGUUUCUUUAUCUAUUGCCUUCGUCAGCCACAAUUUGUCGGUUAAGAAUGUUUGCAUCGACGACUGCCCAAGUCGGCAUAUUUAUAACCAUAUUUAGCAAAACUAACCAAGUAUCCUUAAUCUUUAAAAAUGCCGUCUACAAGAAAGCAAGGAUUGUACGAUUUACUCGAAAUAGUAGCCAAGCGAUGCUUAUUUUUAUCGUAUUAGCUAUUGUAAAUGGAAUUUUACUGUGUUUAAAUUUACUUUUACCCAUUAGUGUUGAACAGAUACAGGCACCAGAACAGAAAAUGCAAUUGCGAUGUAAAAUUCCGAAUAAUUUUAGCGCGAUUAAUUUGUCAGUAUGGUUAGGAAUAAUUGGUACGGCUUGUUUAAUUUUAGCGUUCAGAUCACGUUCGUUACCUGAAAAUUUUAAUGAGUCUAGAUAUAUUUAUUUGACAUCAAUAUUGAUCGUAGCUGUUAGUUUUUGUACUAUUUCGACAGCGUUGGUCAUUCCUAGUGUUCAUGCCAAUCAAGUUAUGGCACUUUCUAUCCUUUUUUUCGGGCUAUUGCCACUAUUGUGUUUAUUUCUUCCCAAAAUGUACAUUAUCUACUUUCGAUCAGAAUUAAACACUCGACAAGAAACAAUGGCUAGUAUUACAAAUUAUAACUUUAAUACCAUCAAGCCAUAUCCUACCUCUGGGAAUAUUGAACCAGAUAGCAGUAAGAUGAUUCAAGUUCUAGUUGAUGAUAGUUGA